AUGGGCGAACGGCUACCGAAACGACUCUUCUAUGGAGACGUCGCCACUGGUUCCCGCCGCCAGGGAGGCCAAAUCCGUCGAUACAAGGAUACUCUGAAGACCUCCCUGAAGUGUCCGCAAACCAACCCAGCCAGCUGGGCCGACCUCGCUCGCGACCGACCGACCGGGAAGACAUUUAAAACAGACGCUGCGAUCUACGAAGCCAUUCGCAUUGCCGCCGCGAAAGCUAAACGAGAAGCACGCAAAUCUCAGCUGUGA